AAAUGCGCGUUUCUUCCUUCCUUCCUUUCCGCAGCACACACACACAUACUUCGUAUGCAGACUUUGGGGUUGCAGAGCAAGCAUCUUCGUUCCACACUCCAUUACGAACCUUGUAAAGAGAAACAGAAACGUCGAGGGACCGGAACCAGGCCAGGCCAUUCACAUCCUUGAGAAAAACAAGCAAAGCAAACAAACCGGUACAGAAAAGAGGGGGGCAACCAACCAACUAAGGCAAACAGAGGGUACAUCCAAUCCUCAUCAAGUGACUAGAGAACCAGAUUCUCUCUCCCUCACUCUUUCUUCUCCCCACCACCCCGCGCCCGCGGCGGCCUGCGCUCCUCCUUCCAUGCCAUGAACAACGCAUGCUUCUCGAGGUGCCGCCCUUGCGCGUCUUCCUUACGGCUCAUUUGUGCGCCAACCGCGUCUCAUCGCUUGCUUCGCCCUCUCGCAGCCCGGGACAGCCGUCCUUUCUCCGUCUCGCCCUUGCGGCCGAAGCACGACGGUGACCCGAGGUUCAGAGACCUGGGCAAACAGAUAUCGGACGAGUAUGCCGUCGUCAGAGAACACUAUGACACGCCAAAGAAUCCCAUCGUCCUCGCCCACGGACUGAUGGGCUUCUCCGAACUGCGUCUCGGCGCCUACGUCCCGCCAAUCCACUACUGGCGCGGCAUCUCCGACUCGUUGAGCACCCUCUCCGGUCCGUCCAACAUCAUCACCACCUCCGUCCCGCCCUCGGGCUCCAUCGAGGAGCGCGCCGCGAAACUGGGCGCCGACAUCGCCGCCAAAGCCGGCGGCCGCGCCGUCAACAUCGUCGCGCACUCCAUGGGCGGGCUCGACGCCCGCUACAUGAUUUCCCACCUCAAGCCGCGUGACGUAAAAGUCCUUAGUCUCGUCACCGUCGCUACGCCGCACCGCGGGAGUGCCUUUGCGGAUUAUUUGCUCGAUGGCCAAGGCCCCAUUAAGCUCGCGAAUCUGUACGGGCUUAUUGAGCGCGCCGGGCUGGGUACGCAGGCUUUUGAACAGCUUACGCAGCGGUAUAUGGAGGAGAAAUUUAACCCUGCUACCCCUGACAGCGAUGAUGUGCGGUAUUUUAGUUAUGGGGCGUGCACGGAUCGGCCACCGCUGCUGAGUCCGUUUCGGCAGAGUCACUGGGUUAUCGAGGAGGCUGAGGGCGCGAAUGACGGGUUGGUGAGCGUUGCGAGUAGUCGGUGGGGAAAGUAUCAGGGUACGCUGCUGGACGUGAGCCAUUUGGAUCUGAUUAAUUGGUCGAAUCGACUCAAGUGGACGUUGAGAAAGGUGUGGAUGGGGCAGACGAGGACGUUUAAUGCUGUUGCGUUUUAUCUCGAUAUUGCGGAUAUGUUGGCCAAGGAGGGUCUAUGAGGUGGCUAUCAGGAGGGGUGAGAUAGACUCACGUUAAGGGGGUAUGUAUAAUGAUGUUGACUACGAUUGUAAUCUCUACUAUGAGGCGUGUAAGAGUACGCAGGGAAAAGGAAUAGAAUAGCGAGCAACGGCGUUAUCGGCAGGACUAGAUGAAGCAAGACUUGUAAGUAUUGAGACGUAUUGUAACUCGAAAAUGGGAUAUAUACAAGAGGGAGAGGAG